AUGAGUGUUUUCAGUGUUAUUACGGAAAGAGUGACAGUAUCAGUGAUGGAGGGAGAUUCAAUUACUCUAUACACUUAUAUUACAACAACACAACAAGAAGAGAUGUUAUGGUAUUUUAAUGACACCCGCAUCGCUGUUAUCACUGGAGAUCUCAGCAGGAUCUGUACAGAUGUUCAGUGUAAUAAUGGCACUGAGAGAUUCAGAGACAGACUGAAUCUAGAGAACCAAACCGGAUCUCUGACCAUCAAAAACAUCAACACUGCAGACACUGGUGUGUAUCAAUUGAAGAUCUUCAGUAGCAGCAGCAUCAGUGAAAAGACCUUCAGUGUUACUGUUCUUGAUGCUCCUGAUGCAGAAUUGGGUAAAGUGAAGACAAUAUCAGUAAUGGAGGGAAAAGCUGUUACUUUAGAUCCUGGUGUAAUAAAAAACCCGAAUGAUGAGAUGACAUGGUAUUUUAAUGAGACUCUCAUCGCUGAAAUCACUGGAGAUCAGCGUAAGAUCUGUACAGAUGAUCAGUGUAAAGAGCGAUUCAGAGACAGACUGAAGCUGGACAAUCAGACUGGAUCUCUGACCAUCACAAACACCAGAACCACACAACAACAUCAUUAA